AACGAUCUUAAAAAAAUAAAAAUAAAAAAAUGCCAUCGAGAAAGACGCAUCAGAGGCUUUCUCCACACCUUUCAAAUAGUUCUAUACAGCAAUUGAAGUUAUUAGAUAUGGAAAUUAAAAAGUUAUCGAAUAUUGAAAAAAUAAAUGAAAAAUUACCAAGAAGCCAUAAGAAUAUGCGAAAACAUACAAGAUUAAAUUCUGAUGAAAAUAAUGAUAAUGAGGUACGUUUUAAAUUUUGUAUAAAUUUGUUUUUGAAGAUUAUUAUUUUCUUUUCAAUUUUUUAUAUAUUAAAUAAUAUUUGAAUGAAUUUUAAUGUAAACUUUGAAGGAGAGUAUAGGUUUUUGUUUUAUGAAAAAUAGAUCAAAUUUCUUCUUAAGAACAGUAUGGACAUUUGCUAUGAUUUUUGGGUUUCUUGUGAUUAUUGCAGCUGGACAUAUUUGGAUUAUUGUUUUACUCACUUUUAUUCAAGUAAUAGUUUUUAAAGAGUUAAUUGCUAUUGUCAAUAUUUCAGAUAAAGAAAAAAAACUUCCUUGGUUUCGAACUUUGAAUUGGUAUUUUCUUUGUACAACUUUGUAUUUUGCAUAUGGUGAAAGUCUUAUCUAUUACUUUAAACACAUUGUUAUUGUGGAUGCAUUUCUAUUUUCUAUUACGACUCAUCAUCGGUUUAUUAGUUUUAUACUUUAUAUCGGGGGCUUCAUAUUUUUUGUUAUGAAUCUCAAAAAAGGGCAUUAUAAGUACCAGUUUACACAGUAUUGUUGGACUCAUAUGAUAUUGUUGUUAAUUGUAGGACAAAGUCAUUUUAUUAUUAAUAAUAUAUUCGAAGGCAUAUUUUGGUUUUUAUUGCCAGCUUCCCUUGUUAUAUGUAACGAUAUUUUUUCAUAUUUAUGUGGAAAACUUUUUGGCCGAACUCAGCUUAUUAAACUUUCGCCUAAAAAAACUGUUGAAGGAUUUAUUGGAGGAUGGGUAUGUACUGUUGUUCUUGGGCUUACUAUGGGGAAUAUCAUUUUACAUUGGAAUUAUAUGAUAUGUCCAUUAAGAGAUCUAGGGGCUACAGCGUUAAUUGGGUUAGAAUGUAUUCCAAAUCCAACAUUUACUUUGCAGCAAUUUCCUCUUCCAGAAUUUAUAAUUUCAUAUUUAGCUCUUCCAUAUCAUACUAUCACUAUAAGGCCAGUCGAGUUUCAUCUUAUGGUGUUUUCUACUUUUGCAUCUCUUAUUGCUCCAUUUGGUGGUUUUUUUGCAUCUGGACUUAAACGCGCAUUUAAAAUCAAGGAUUUUGGGGAUUCUAUACCAGGACAUGGUGGGUUAACUGAUCGCUUUGAUUGUCAAUUUAUAAAUGGAUUUUUCGUUUACCUUUACUAUCAUAGUUUUAUUGCGGUAACGCAUGUUUCUGUAGGAUCAGUUCUUCAAACAGCUAUUACAUCCUUAACAUAUGAUGAGCAAAUAAAACUUUCUAAUAGUAUAUAUAAAUAUCUUGUUUCUAAGGGGGUUUUAUCAAAUGCUAUUCUUGAAUGUCUUAGAAAAUCUAUACCUCCUUAAGGAUAUGUAUUUUAUUUAUUAUUUAAUAUUUUGC